CGCUGGUGGCCAGGGCGCAGGACAACCGGGAGAAGGGCUCGGGCUUCCGCGCCGGGCAGGGAACGCGGCGCCCCGGGGUCCUGGAGGCUACGGAGCAGCGGGGGUACGGCCAACGGCAAAAAGGGGCAGCUCCCGUGCCAGGCGCGUUCAGCGCGCUCGGUGAAUCCUCCGGGACUGAUUGUGACUCGCGCGAGGGCCAACCGGGCUGGCAACCCCGGGAGGCGGAAUCCACAGGCUCUCAGAAGCAGCCCGCGGGGAGGACCUGCAGGUUCGAGGCGCCGGGCUGACGCCCGCAACCAAGAAAGGAGCCAUAUAUUGAAGACCAUGUCUGGGAACUUCUACUUUGUAAUCGUUGGCCGCCAUGGUAAUCCAGUUUUUGAAAUGGAGUUUUUGCCAGCUGGGAAGUCAGAAUCCAAAGAUGACCAUCGUCAUCUGAACCAGUUGAUAGCUCAUGCUGCUCUCGACCUCAUAGAUGAGAACAUGUGGCUGUCGAACAACAUGUACUUGAAAACGGUGGACAAGUUCAACGAGUGGUUUGUGUCAGCAUUUGUCACUGCAGGGCAUAUGAGAUUUAUUAUGCUGCAUGACAUAAGACAAGAAGAUGGAAUAAAGAACUUCUUUGCUGACGUUUAUGAUUUGUAUGUAAAGUUUUCAAUGAAUCCAUUUUAUGAACCCAAUUCUCCUAUUCGAUCAAGUGCAUUUGACAGAAAAGUGCAGUUUCUUGGGAAGAAGCACCUUUUAAGCUGAAUGCAGGAAAUUCUGAAACAAACGAUGUCACCACAAUGGUGUAUACUUGGGAAUGUGUACAUUGUAAGUUACUUGAUUAAAUAGCCUGGAAAACUUUUGUGUAGUCUCAGCUUAUCUAAGCCUAAUGAAAUUCCUUUCAUAU